AUACAAAAUUCAAGGAGAAAAAAUGUUUAGCUUCAGUUUAUAUUUUGAUUAAGUCGAGAGUAGAUCAUUUAACGAGCUCUUCGCACAUUUACAAAUAUAACUUUUAUUCACAAAACGGUGUUAUAAUACACUUUACUCAUAACUGUAUACUUUUUUUUUAAUUUUUCGGAUACCAUAAAAUUUAAAUUUUUGCCAAUCGAGUGACAUGGCAUUGAAUCGUCGUCUGAUCAAUGUAAUUUCGACAAAUAAUACGAAAACCACUUGGUCCCGCCAGUCGAUCUUGAGCUGGUGCAAUCAAUUCCUAAGCACUGAUAUUCCGAAGAUCGAUGAUCUGUGCACUGGGGCAGCCUAUUGCUGCCUCAUGGACAUGCUGGUGCCGGACUGUAUUAACCUGAACAAAGUGAAAUUUAAGUGCUACCUGGAGAACCACUACAUCAACAAUUUGGCCCUGUUGCAACAGUGCUUCAACAAACUAAAGAUCAACAAGAGUAUUCCAAUCCAUAAGCUGGUCAGAGGCAAAUUCCAGGACAAUUACGAGUUCGCCGUAUGGUUCCGUUUGUUCUUUGAGGCCAACUUCCAUAAAUUGCCUGAGGGCUACGAUGCCAUGGUCAGGCGCAACUAUCAGACAUUCACCAAGGAGCUAAAGUCCUCCAUGCAGAAGGUCCAGCGUGCUGACACGACCGUCGCCAUCACACCGAAGGGGACACGCGAACGCGCCCACUCCCGUGAUCCGACCAUGACGGAGCAGACGGUCCGUGUGGCGCCCAUAACGGGUAUAGCCAGAGCCCGAGCCAUUGGCGGGCAAUCGACAAACUUGAAUCGAUGUUAAAAUAUUGUUGAAGCUAUUAUCGAGUUGUGAUGGGACUUAUACAUAUGUAGCUCAAAUUAAAAAUCUCGAAUGCAUUGCAACAAAAACAUAAA